AUGGAGGAGGACAUUGCCAAGGCGCUCGACGACGCCGAGAGCGACGAGAGCACGCCGACGACCACCGUCGAGUCGCCCGUCGUCGAGUCGCCCGCCGUCAAGUCGCCGCCCCUGAUUCCCGCGGCCGCGCCCGGGCUCCUCCGGCCGCCGCCAAAAAAAGCCCGUGGCAAUGCCAACAUGGUGGCGUUCUUGGGCGGCUACAAGCAGACGCAGGGACCCCGGGGCAUGCUCAAGCUCGGCGUCGCCAGCGACAUUGCGUCGCGCGCCAAGAACAUUCGGAAGCGUACGGCCGAGACCGCGCUCCAGCGGCAGCUGGCCGAAGCCAAGGCGCGCAUCCCGCUGGAAUUUGCCGACAUGUCGGGCGUCGUCGUCAAGGAGCACAAGCGCAACACGACCCGCAGCGUGACGUGGCCGUCGGACGAGAGCGCGCUCGAGGAUAUUUAUGUGUUUGAGGUCGUCGAGCCCGAGCCCGACGACGCGUCGAGUAGCAGCAACGACGACGAGCCGCAUACGCUGGUGGAUCUGUAAUCGCGCGCGUCUUAUUUACUAGCCUGUUCUUCGUCUCGUG